UAUUGACAGUGCAGACCAGGGAUAUUGAUGGCCAACAAUCCGUAGAAAUUAAAUCUAUUUGGCCGUCUGUUUAUGUAUGACAAUGAAAAUAACAUACUUGGAAUAUCUUUCCGAUAAGUCACAAUGGUACUGAGUAAUGGCGUGCAGAAGUAGACAGCUUAUGAUUUGAAAGCUGGAGGCUGGCUCUGCAGGGUCUGAUUGGUUUCCUUCCACAACUCCUCCACUCUCCCACUAAUUAUCUGCUUAGUCCUGGGCUCGCUCCACGGUCUUUGCAGACCUGCUGGCGUCGCAAUGGAGACUGUGGGUUGUGUUUUGCUCCUGCUUCCUAUGCUGCAGGCUCUGCUGCACUGGCUGUUGAAGCAGAGGGAGACGGGGAAGACAGCGGCUCCUCCGUGCAUUAGCGGCUGGAUUCCCUGGAUCAGGGCUUCUCUCCGCUUUGGAAAAGCUCCGCUUGAAUUUAUCGAACAAGCCAGAGCACAGUACGGAGCAGUUUUUACUGUGGAAGCUGCCGGGAAGAGACUCACCUUUGUUACAGACGAGGAAGAUUUUGAGAUAUUCUUUAAAUCUAAAAAUGUUGACUUCCAAGAGGCAGUACAAGAAGCAGUAUGGCAUACCGGAAAUACUCGCAUUGGAUACAGUUCAGAGAAGGGUUCCUGGCUUGAACUUGGAAACUGGUCUAAAUCAAAGCACUGGCUUCUGUCUCUAUUUGAAAGUAUUGUCUCCAAUGCUGCAACGUUUAAACCCACAGAUGACCACUCCAAGACAUUGUUGCAGCAUCUUUUAGACACUUUGAAUGGGAACUCUACUGCUAAUUACAGUUUAUUGUUGCUCUGGGCUUCUCAAGCAAAUGCACUUCCAGUAAGUACCAUAUUCAAACAUUAG